AUGGAUCACACGGAGGCGCUGCCCGACGACGUGCUCACGGCGAUCCUCGGCCGUCUCGGACCACGUGACCUCGCCGCGUCCUGCUGCGUGCGCAGGGCGUGGCGCGCAGUCGUGGACGCCCGGCGGCUGCUGCUUCCGCACCUCCUUCCGCACUCGGUGGAGGGCAUCUUCGCCAACUACAACGACCACCACCGCCCGCAAUUCCUCGCCCGCCCCUCCACUUCCUGCGUCGACCACGGCAACCUCCACUUCCUGCCCAACUACACAGAAGGCCACAGAAAGAUCGCGGACCACUGCAAUGGUCUCCUGCUCUACGGCGACACGAGGGAGUUUUUUGUGGCCAACCCCGCCACGCGGCGGUGGCAACGCCUGCCUGGAGCGCAUGAUGAUGGGGAAUGCCGUGAAGCCUAUCUUGCGUUUGACCCUGCCGCGUCGCCGCACUAUGAGGUGUUCUUGAUCCUUCCUAAGGAUCUAGGGCUGUUCGAUGUGACGGACUGCAAGUUGGCGGAGGUUCAGCCAGAACAGCUCGCCGAAGAAAACUUCACGAUAAGUUCACGCUACUUGUUGGAACCUCCAUGGAGCACGGAGGUUCCACAACACUCGACAGAAUGGCCGCCGCCCGUGUUGACGCUCGACGUUUUCUCGUCAAGCAUGGGACAAUGGCAGGAGAGGUCGUUUGUCAGGGAAGGCAGUGCUACGAGGAGAGUGGUCAACGUGCGGGGUUCACUGAUGUUCACGACCAAUGGGGUGACAAGAUGGCGCUACAGCGCCUACUGGCGUGGAGCAUUACACGUGCUGCUUUGUUAUGGUACGUUUGUCACAAGGUUAUCAUCGUCUAAUGGCAAAUAUCAAGUAAUAGAGACACCAAUAGAUGCCAACGAAUGCAAAGUUGGGGAGCAUUACCUUGGAAGCUCCGAGACGGGUUUGUACUUUGCAAAUCUUCAAGGUCGAAUUCGUAUUUGGCACCUGAGUGAAUCAAAUGGUGAGGUAGAAUGGGUGUUGAAGAAUAGCAUUGGCCUUGUUGAGCCAUCGGCAAAUAUAUAUUCCCUCAACCCUAAGGGAAUCUGCAGACCCUGGAUCUUUGAUGAUGAUCAUGAUCUUGACAAAUAUGGCAAUAACAAAAGGCUAGAGAAAGUGAUUCUUGAUUGGAACUGGGAUGAUGAUAAUAUUCUCGAUGAGUGUGGACGCCGUCCUGGACACUGUCCAUUACUUGGAUGUCAGCUACUUGGGUUUCACCCCUACAAAGAGAUUGCCUUCUUCUUGAUGGAGCGGUUUGAAGCGGUGGCUUAUCAUUUUGAUAGCUCAAAAGUUCAGUAUAUAGGCUAUAUGCGUCCAACAGUUUAUAGUAUGACAUUGUUGGUUGAUGAGUCCUUUAUAUACACUCCUUGUAUGAUCGGAGAUCUUCCAGAGAAGGCUAAAAGACUUAAACGCGGACGCAGACGCAGCUGA